CCGCCCCCCUCCCCCGCGCUCCAGCUCUCCCGCAUCCCUCCAUCCGAGCCUGUGCCGCAGCCGCAUCGCCACCGCAGCUCCGGCAGAGCCGAGCCCGGCCCAGGCCCCUGACCCUGCCCGGCCCUCAGCCCGCCGCCCCCGACUCCGCCCCCGCCCGCGGGCCCCAGCCAGUGGCCCCGGUGCCCCCCCCCCCCCGGCGCCCCCAGACUCCGGGCCUCCCGAACCGAGGCAGGAGGCAGGGAGCAGAAGCAGAGACAGGAGAACGAGAAGGAGGAGGAGGAGGAGCCGUCGCAGGAUGAAGGAUCGGACUCAGGAGCUGCGGAGUGCGAAAGACAGCGAUGAUGAGGAAGAAGUGGUCCAUGUGGACCGAGACCACUUCAUGGAUGAGUUCUUUGAACAGGUGGAAGAGAUCCGGGGCUGCAUUGAGAAGCUGUCAGAGGAUGUGGAACAAGUGAAAAAACAGCACAGUGCCAUCCUGGCCGCCCCCAACCCGGAUGAGAAGACCAAACAGGAGCUGGAGGACCUCACUACAGACAUCAAGAAGACGGCCAACAAGGUUCGAUCCAAGUUGAAAGCCAUCGAGCAAAGCAUUGAACAGGAGGAGGGACUGAAUCGUUCCUCUGCGGACCUGCGCAUCCGCAAGACCCAGCACUCCACACUCUCCCGGAAGUUCGUGGAAGUAAUGACUGAAUAUAACGCGACCCAGUCCAAGUACCGGGACCGCUGCAAGGACCGGAUCCAGCGGCAGCUGGAGAUCACCGGAAGGACCACAACCAACGAAGAACUGGAAGACAUGCUGGAGAGUGGAAAGUUGGCCAUCUUCACGGAUGAUAUCAAAAUGGACUCGCAGAUGACAAAGCAGGCGCUGAACGAAAUCGAGACGAGGCACAAUGAGAUCAUCAAACUGGAAACCAGCAUCCGUGAGCUGCAUGACAUGUUUGUGGACAUGGCCAUGCUGGUGGAGAGCCAGGGCGAAAUGAUUGACCGCAUUGAGUACAAUGUGGAACAUUCCGUGGACUACGUGGAGCGAGCUGUGUCUGACACCAAGAAAGCUGUGAAAUAUCAGAGCAAGGCCCGGAGGAAGAAAAUCAUGAUAAUCAUUUGCUGUGUGGUGCUGGGGGUGGUCUUGGCGUCAUCCAUUGGGGGGACGCUGGGCUUGUAGGCCCCCCCACCCUAUCCUUCCCAGACCUUUACCCCACCACAUCGGGAGCAAUACCCCCACCGCCCCUUCACUCCAUCCCCUGCUCCAGGCUCACCCUCAACACAGGCAGCCCCCCCUUAACCUUUACCGCCCGUCAGACCCUGGAGUCCCUGGACCUCCCCCGACCAUGGACCACCCUCGCCCCCGCACGUAGAUAGCAGCAGGCGUGAUUACACAUGCACACCAACAUGCAUGCCGCCGGCACAUGCUCGAGACGUGUGGACACCCCAGCGUGUGUGCGUGUGUGUACGUGUGUAGCUGCGUGUACAAGCACCCGAUCACCCUUCUUGUCCCCCUACCUCAAGUCUGUGUGUUGUCCGAGCUUUCCCCCUUCCUCUGGGUUGUUGUGUGGACUGUGGCCGGGUGUGACACAGCAGCCCACUAAGCCUCACUCUUCUGUCUUCUGUAAACAGGGUUUUGUGUGUGUGUGUGUGUGUGUGUGUGUGUGGUCACAGAUCCAUGGAUACACAGUUUGUGUCCAUGGAAUUUUGUGUUUGGGUGUUUAAAUCCAAUGUAACAGCACCGCCUCCCUUGACAUGCCCCCUUCCCCUGAGUCUGCUACAAAUGGGGCAGGUUGUAUGUGUGCAGAGGUUCACACUCAUUCCCUGAGGAUCCAGGUUGGCCCAAGUACACACAGGUCGUGGCAGACACCCCAGCAUGGUGUGGAGCCAGCGCUCCUGGCUUAGUCACCCCCAGGGUUGGCCUGUGUCCUAGGGAGCAUGUGUGUGCGUAUGGGGUUCAGCCAAGGCAAGCAAGUGGACACAUACACGUGUAAAUAAUCUA